CCGUGUUCCAAUCCCGGUGUAGGCGGCGAUGGCGGCGGCCUCCUCCUCGUCCGCGGAGACGGGGGGCUCCGGGGCCCGGGAGGAGGCCGAGGAGACGGCGGGGCCCGGCUGGAGCGAGUCGCAGUUCCGCCGUUACAGCUUCCGGACGCAGCCCAUCCCCCGGCUCAGCCACAGCGACCCCCGGGCCGAGGAGCUGAUCGAGAACGAGGAGCCAGUGGUCCUGACAGAUACAAACUUGGUGUAUCCCGCCCUGAAGUGGGACUUGGACUACCUCCAGGAGAACAUUGGCAAUGGGGAUUUCUCAGUGUAUAGCGCCAGCACAUACAAGUUUUUGUACUAUGAUGAGAAGAAAAUGGCCAAUUUCAAGAACUUCAAACCCAAGUCGAACAGGGGAGAGAUGAAGUUUAGUGAGUUUGUGGAGAGACUCCAGGAAAUACAGCAGCAAGGGAGUGGUGAGAGGUUGUAUCUGCAGCAGACUCUGAAUGACACGGUUGGAAGGAAGAUUGUGGUGGAUUUCCUGGGCUUUAACUGGAACUGGAUUAACAAGCAGCAAGGGAAGCGUGGCUGGGGGCAACUGACUUCCAACUUGCUGCUUAUUGGCAUGGAAGGGAAUGUGACACCAGCUCACUAUGAUGAGCAGCAGAACUUCUUCGCUCAGAUUAAGGGCUACAAGCGGUGUAUCCUGUUCCCGCCAGAUCAGUUUGAAUGCCUCUAUCCUUACCCUGUGCAUCAUCCAUGUGACAGGCAGAGCCAGGUGGACUUUGACAAUCCUGACUAUGAGAAGUUUCCCAAUUUCCAGAAUGUGGUUGGCUAUGAGACAGUGGUAGGCCCGGGUGAUGUGCUCUACAUCCCUAUGUACUGGUGGCAUCACAUUGAGUCUCUGCUGAAUGGGGGAACCACCAUCACUGUGAACUUCUGGUACAAGGGUGCACCCACCCCAAAGAGAAUUGAGUAUCCCUUAAAGGCUCAUCAGAAAGUGGCGAUAAUGAGGAACAUUGAGAAGAUGCUGGGAGAGGCCCUGGGAAACCCACAAGAGGUGGGUCCCCUGUUGAACAUGAUGAUUAAGGGUCGAUAUGACUAGUCCCUGGCCACCUGGGUGACUGACGGUGGAGCUGCUUCGUUCACGAGUAAUGGAAGAUACUGAGCGCUAGUAUUGCACGCAGCACUUAAGACUGAUGGGCUCCUGGCCCAUCUCUGUCCCGUUCCACAACAAUUAAGGGGACUACUGGAACUGCAAAACCAUUAGCCCACCUCCUUCCCCCUUCCCUCACUGUCAUCCAACUGAAUCUCCCAAGAAAGAACCUGCACUUAGUGAGCAAGAAUCCAGCUUCCAAUAAGUGUGUGUUCCUGUCCGCCAAGACGAGGAAUGUGGUGUCUGGCUCUCGAAUGCUUUCCUUCUUUGAAUUUUAAUGUAAAGUGUUGAAAGAACAGUUUGGAAGGGAGCCAGGAGUGGUCUUGUUUCCUCCGGCCCAGUGGCUGGAUUUCUGUGAUGGUGCCGGCAGUGGACGCAGUACCCCUGAAAUCUGGGACAGUCAGUCGGAUAGCAGGAAGCCUUAGGUUCCAUGAUCCUGUUGUGUUAGAGGUCUUGUCCUUGCUGGGUCCUGGCACCGUUGGACAGCAGGAAUGAGCAUGUGAUGACUUGUUUGAGGAGAAACUGGAAAGAUGGUUUGGAAACCCCCUGCCCCCCGCCAAGAUGCAGUGCUCAGGGUAUUGGGAGCUUGGUACCUAGCAGGGUGAUCAAGUUGAAUCCAUGCAGUGUGUGUGCACACAACGCCACCCUUUGAGUCCUGCCUCUGUCAGAUGGGUCACAGGAAACCUCCUCUCUCCUGUUUACAGCAUAGCUCUUUGAGGAGUGAAGGUCUCCCUCUUUUCUCUAAAGCUGCAGCAUGGUUAGAAGUGUAUGUAACAUGGUGAGGGAGACCGACAUUGAGGGCACUCACCAAGUCUCCCACGUUGGAGCCAUGUCAAAAUUGCUCUCCUGGGGCCCUGAGACUGAUGAAUGCCCAGUUAAAAUCAGCUUCCCUUUUCUCCACCAGGGGGUGCCGGCUUCCUGGACAAAACACAGAAAGUGCCCUUUACUGAUUAACUCUGUGUGUUAUGUUGUGAGGCUGUUGUGUUUCUCCCUUCCUUGUCUGGUCACGUGGGGAGGCGGGGAGACUCUGUUUCAUACCUGUGUUCAUUUUGUUUGUAUCCUUUGUGUUCUAAUACUUGGCCUAGCAGUUUUCAGAAUGAGAAGAGAGAAGCUACAGGAGCAGCAGAACUUCCUUUUAGAGUCCUGGCAAUCGCCCUGAAAAGCCAGCAUGCCUUCCUAGUCCUUUUCCUUGCAGAGCCUUCCAAACUCACAUGAAGCCUUGCCUUGCCUUGCACUGCUUUGCUGUUCCUGGGGGGGAAACUUGUGUACUGAACACAAUUGUAUUUGAUCAUCAAGAUUAGAGAAGCUGGCUUGGAUUCCAUCUAAUUCACCCUGCUGACCAGGGAAGGCUGUUCGCAUCACUGUGUUUCCUAGUGCUUUGUCUCCUUGCCUGCUUGGGGCUGAUUGUGACAUUUGGGUUUCUGUGGAGUGUGUAGCCCAGGGAGGAGAUGUUGUUUGGGAAACAGACUGAUCCAUGGCUUGCCAUGUCCCAUUUUGUGCUGGGAUGACUUUUGUACUGUUUACUGUGAACUUAUCUUAUGCAGGAAUAGAAGAAAGACUUAGCACAACGGAGUUGUUUGACAGCAUCUGGAUGGAGCUUCAGUGUCUAGCUGUUGACCAUCGCUAUUUGUGGCUCUGAUACCAAGAGAGGUGCUACGGGACAAAGCAGGUGUCUUGUUACCAAACACCCUUGUAUCCCUGACUUAGCAGUAUGUAACCAAGGUCAAAGAGAGCAGCAGGAGACAAACUUCCUCUCCGGAGCACUGUCUAGAUCAGAAUGAAGGUCACUCAACUGGAUGCGUGUCAACGCUCCACCUUGGGGGAGGGAGGAAGGACCCUCUUCUGCCUCUGGCUGAAAGUGAAGCCUUCCCAAGAGGACUUGGUGUGUGCAGUGUCUCUGCCCUUGGUUGGAAGACACUCAACUAGAAUCUCACCUGCGUGCCGGUGUUGGGAGCACAGCAGUCUCAGCCAGUGUUCUGAGCAGCUCAUUGGGCACCGCCAGCUCCUGAAGCCCAGGCUGGGAGUUCCAAGGGGCUCAUGAAGGGACAGGAUGGUAGAUCUGGAACCUUGGAAUCCUUUUUUCUUUAUUUGCCAAAGGUCUAACUUUGAAGUGUCAGAACAGUUUUUGCUGCACUUGACUGGCAUGAAAGCUCAGUUUACAAUGCACUGAUGGACUCUUUUUUUCCCCCUCUCCCUUUCCACCCUGUGCUUUCAGUGCCCCUGCCAUGGUCUUGGGAAGCUGUGUGUGUAUGUAUGUGUGUGAGAGAAAUACAUGGUACCUUCUGAAAUGUAGUUCUUAAAUACAACCAAUGCUGAACAACAGAA